AACGAGAGGUCCAUGCUGUUUGAAGUAAUUGAUAAGCAGCGGCGAUGUUGGAAAUAGAGAGGCGGCAUGGACGCGAAGCGACUCCACCGGCAGCAGGUGCGCGUGGAGAACGAGAGACAACAGUUACGGAAACAUCAAGACACAAUAUAUGAUGACACAAGCAUUUCGAAGGCCCAGGAAAAGAUACGGAAGCAACAUGAGCGACUUGAAAACGAGAAAAAGCAUCUCAAGGAAAACUCCUUUCUCACAAAGGACAGACAAAUGCUGCCAGAAAAUUUAAACUCUUGCAGUUGCCACAGCAAACCGGAAACCAAAUCUCGGCUUUUCGACUUUGAAAAAUCCGCGCCACGCAGCAGACGACAACUUCAAAACACCUCAGACACACCAAUAUCUGCGUCAUCGUCUAGGAACGUGACUCCCAUGGCAACGCACGCGAUUGACACGCAUACUGCGAACUAUCGCGAUAUUGUGGAUAACGUGGCCAUAGGUCAGCGAGGGCAAAAGGACCAGCAAACCCCACAGGACCAACAACACCGUCAUAACCAACAGCAGCAGCAACUACAACAGCAGCAGCAACAACAACGGCAUCAUCAACAGCAGCGGCCAAUUCAACAACAGCAACAAGAAGCUUCAGGAUCUGUGAAGAAAUUCAGUGAAAUAGAAAAGGAGGCACACUUUCGAGCUGCCCACCAGUCCAGGCGCCAAAGCCUACCGGCUGAUCACAAAGUGAAAUUCCUUGAGCGAAACGAGAAUCCCGAGAGUUCCUUCCAUUCCCACCCCUACUCCGGGGCCGGGGGGCGGCGAGGGUCACUUCGCCGGGGGUCUCUGAAGGAUUCUGCACCAAUACCGGAAAUCCGGUUGAAUGACCCGGAAACGGCGGACAAGGACAUGCUGAAGCUCAAGCAGCUGUACAACCAGGCCAUUGAGACCGUACAAAACGCGGACGAAACCACCAUUUUGGAGGAUAGACGUAUGAGCCAGACCAAAGGACUCCGGUCACGACGGUUGUCGGACGCCGACCCGGCUUCUGUGUUGGACAUACACGCCAUUAAAGAGUUGGAGAUGAUUCUAAACGAGGCCAGGAACUACUCCAACAGGAAGCCGAUCACAGAGGACCACCAUCGCCUAGACGUGGGUUCCAACCGCGCCCAAAAGAAGCGUAUCGAACACCUGGAGCAAGUUCUCCGCCGCCUUAACCACUCGACAGAACAAGCGGACAUUGAACCGGAAAAGAUCCUGCAAUGCAGCUACCUGCGUCUGUCCAAGGCAAACGUGGAGACCCUGGAGUCAAUGAUCCGCGAGAAAGGCAUCGACCCCGGCAUCCACAUCCAUUCUGACGUCACCGACAUUGACAUCUGGGACGGCAUCCAAGAUGAGCGGACAGACCUUCGCAAGGCUGCGGAAGAGGAGGCGACCGCCGCUGCUGCCAAGGCGGAGCGAUUCAAAAAAGCGAAACGCUCGACGAAACCAAUUCACGAUUAA